AUGUCCACGAAAGAAAAAGAUCUAACCUUAAAUUUCGAAGCCGUCUGUCGAGCUGCCCAAAAGGGAAACGUGGAUUAUUUUCGGGGCAUAUCUCAGCAUUUUCGAGAAGAAUGGCUGGUUAGGAAAUGCAAUCAGAGAUCGGGGGAUAAUAUUUUGCACAUUGCUGCUCGUUUUGGACGUUUGUCGAUUCUUGAAUUUAUUGCCAAAGAACUUUUCGCCAGUCAUGGCAUGAAAUGGUCGGUAAAGAAAUUGGAAAUCUUCGAUUCGAUCAAUGCAGACCGAAAAACUCCUCUGCACGAAGCCGCCCAAUCUGACCAUCUUGACUGUGUUCAAUUUCUUCUUCAGCAAAAGGUUAAUGUAGACAGUAUGAAAAGGGCAGAUUGGACACCUUUGAUGCUAGCCAUUGCCAAGGGAAAUAAAGAAGUUGUUCUUCAACUUUUAAAUGCAUCAGCCAAUCCAGCCUUGGUAAAUAAAGAUGGAUGGAAUUCAUUUCAUUUGGCUUGCAGGGAAGGCAAUUUGGAAAUAGUGAAAUUGCUGUCAGAUACCAAAGCAGAUUUAUGGAAAGUUGCUAGCAAAAAUGGACGUACACCUCUCCACACAGCAGCACUCCAUGGUUGCAAAGAUGUUGUUCAUUGGCUUCUUGAAAGUUGCCAACAUCCUGUUGAUGCUGAGGAUUCUUGUGGCAACACCCCACUUAUGGAUGCUAUACGUAUGGGCCAUACAGAAGUUGCUGCUAUGAUGAUUGAAGACUUUAAGGCUAAUAUAAUGAAAACAGAUCGACUUGGUUACCAGCUUUUGCACGUUGCUGCCCAAAGUGGACAUCUUGCAUCUGUCACAUACAUUUUAAUAAACUUUGCAGUUGACAUAAAUGCAGUUUCCUUCAAAAAUAUUACACCACUACAUUUGGCAGCAAAGGAGGGCCAUAAAGAAAUUAUUAGCUGUUUGUUAUCUCAUGGAGCAAACAUUUAUCUGCAAGAUGAGAUGGGAAGGACAGCUUUAAACAUAGUAGAGAAUAAUAAUCAUUCAGACUGCGUCCAAAUUUUAAAGCAGCAAUAUUCAUAG